CCGCGAGUAGGAAGCGCGAGCGCCGGGCGCCUGGCUGUCAGUGAGCGUGGGGCCAGCCAGCGAGCGAGAGAGCCGGAGAGAGCCAGAGAGAGGCAGAGAGAGCGGCUCGGCUCCCAGCUCCGAGCAGCGCAGCGCCCGGCCGGCUCUCCCCGGCCAUCGCCGCCACCACCGCACCUCAGCACCGCCACCUCGGCCGCCGCCCCCGCCCACCCCGGCCCUCCCCGGCUGCUGCUCCCCGGCGGAGGCAAGAGGUGGUUGGGGGGGACCAUGGCUGACGUUUACCCGGCCAACGACUCCACGGCGUCUCAGGACGUGGCCAACCGCUUCGCCCGCAAAGGGGCGCUGAGGCAGAAGAACGUGCACGAGGUGAAAGACCACAAAUUCAUCGCCCGCUUCUUCAAGCAACCCACCUUCUGCAGCCACUGCACCGACUUCAUCUGGGGGUUUGGGAAACAAGGCUUCCAGUGCCAAGUUUGCUGUUUUGUGGUUCACAAGAGGUGCCAUGAGUUCGUUACUUUCUCUUGUCCAGGUGCGGAUAAGGGACCUGACACUGAUGACCCCAGGAGCAAGCACAAGUUCAAAAUCCACACAUAUGGAAGCCCUACUUUCUGUGAUCACUGUGGGUCCCUGCUCUAUGGACUUAUCCACCAAGGGAUGAAAUGUGACACCUGCGACAUGAAUGUUCACAAGCAGUGUGUGAUCAACGUCCCUAGCCUCUGCGGAAUGGAUCACACAGAGAAGAGGGGGCGGAUUUAUCUGAAGGCUGAGGUCACCGAUGAAAAGCUCCACGUCACGGUACGAGAUGCAAAAAAUCUAAUCCCUAUGGAUCCAAAUGGGCUUUCAGAUCCUUACGUGAAGCUGAAACUUAUUCCUGACCCCAAGAAUGAGAGCAAACAGAAAACCAAAACCAUCCGCUCCACACUGAACCCUCAGUGGAAUGAGUCCUUCACAUUCAAAUUAAAACCUUCAGACAAAGACCGGCGACUGUCUGUAGAAAUCUGGGACUGGGAUCGGACGACACGGAAUGACUUCAUGGGGUCCCUUUCCUUUGGUGUCUCAGAGCUGAUGAAGAUGCCAGCCAGUGGAUGGUACAAGUUGCUCAACCAAGAAGAGGGCGAAUACUACAAUGUGCCCAUUCCAGAAGGAGAUGAAGAAGGCAACAUGGAACUCAGGCAGAAGUUUGAGAAAGCCAAGCUGGGCCCUGCUGGUAACAAAGUCAUCAGUCCUUCAGAAGACAGGAAGCAACCAUCCAACAACCUGGACAGAGUGAAACUCACAGACUUCAACUUCCUCAUGGUGCUGGGGAAGGGGAGUUUUGGAAAGGUGAUGCUUGCUGACAGGAAGGGAACUGAGGAACUGUACGCCAUCAAGAUCCUGAAGAAGGAUGUGGUGAUCCAGGAUGAUGACGUGGAGUGCACCAUGGUGGAAAAGCGGGUUCUGGCCCUGCUUGACAAGCCCCCGUUCCUGACACAGCUGCACUCCUGCUUCCAGACAGUGGACCGGCUGUACUUCGUCAUGGAAUAUGUCAAUGGUGGGGACCUCAUGUACCACAUCCAACAAGUCGGAAAAUUUAAGGAGCCGCAAGCAGUAUUCUACGCAGCCGAGAUCUCCAUUGGACUGUUCUUUCUUCAUAAAAGAGGAAUCAUUUACAGGGAUCUGAAGCUGGACAACGUCAUGCUGGACUCCGAAGGCCAUAUCAAAAUCGCUGACUUCGGGAUGUGCAAGGAACACAUGAUGGAUGGAGUCACAACCAGGACCUUCUGUGGGACUCCGGAUUACAUUGCCCCAGAGAUAAUCGCUUACCAGCCUUAUGGAAAGUCUGUGGACUGGUGGGCAUACGGCGUGCUGCUGUAUGAGAUGCUAGCUGGGCAGCCUCCGUUUGAUGGGGAAGAUGAAGAUGAACUAUUUCAGUCUAUAAUGGAGCACAAUGUGUCCUACCCCAAAUCCUUGUCCAAGGAAGCUGUCUCCAUCUGCAAAGGACUUAUGACCAAACACCCUGCCAAGCGGCUGGGCUGCGGGCCUGAGGGAGAGAGGGAUGUCAGAGAGCAUGCCUUCUUCAGGAGGAUCGACUGGGAGAAGUUGGAGAACAGGGAGAUCCAACCGCCAUUCAAGCCCAAAGUGUGCGGCAAAGGAGCAGAAAACUUUGACAAGUUCUUCACGCGAGGGCAGCCUGUCUUAACACCACCAGAUCAGCUGGUCAUUGCUAACAUAGACCAGUCUGAUUUUGAAGGGUUCUCGUAUGUCAACCCCCAGUUUGUGCACCCAAUCUUGCAGAGUGCAGUAUGAAAUUCAAAAAUGAAAGAUGAAAUGCCUCCCCAGCCCCCAGUCUCCCCAGCAGUUGGAAGUGAUCCUUAACCAUAAAAUCUUAAGGCUAUGGCCUUGUAUUUUGUUCCACACAAAGGCCUGAAAAUUCUAGGGACAUUAGUCCACAAGUGAUCAACUUUCUUCCCUAUUCCCCAACCAGAAACAUUAUCUUAAUGAAUGAUGACAUAAUGUAAAGAGUAUAGUUUAAUUAUGUAGAAGUCACAUCUGGCUAAAAGUUAAUUCUUCCUAGAAAACUAGGGGAGUUGGACCCUAUUUUUGGUACAAUUUGAUAUAUUCUCCAUACCUUCCAUUUCUUGGAUUUUCACUAUCUGAAUCAACCAGAGAUAGUAAAGUGAACCCACCCUAACUCAAGGGAUGGAGACAUUUCCACUCAAGAUGUCUUUGGAAUGAAAGAACAGGAAUCCCAAAGAGAAAGCAAAGAGAGGUUGAGGACUUGUAUAUUCAAGAACCCAUUGCUUUUAUUCUUUGCUUCAGUGGAAAAAGUCCCUAGAGUCUGAGAGGGCAGGAUGAACCUGAUCACUGUUUCCAGUCAUCAUAGCACAAGCAUAGUGCAUAGUUUAAGAAGGAGAGAAAACUUCAGACAAAUAUUCAUUGAAUCUAUCAUCUGUACUCCCCUGCUUGGUUGAUAACUAUCUUGAUAACUCAUUCUUUUUAAGAGGCCAAAUUGUCUAAGGACUUUGCUAAACAAAACAUGUAAAAUCAUUUCAGAUCAAGGAUAAACCAUGUGUAUGUUCAUUUUAAUCUCUGGGAGAUGACUCUUCAAUCCAGGGUGCCAUCAGUAAUCAUGCCACUAUUCACGAGUGUUGUUAGCCAACCCCCCACACACAAUAAUAUUUUGCUACCUUUGUGGGUACCCUUCCUAAGAAGCUGAAAUGUAUGCCCCCAUCCCUUUUUUUUUACUAUUUAUUUAAUAAGCUGCAGUGUCAUUUAUGGAAGUACAAUGUAUAGUAACUUAAUCAAAGUAUCAACUAGCAUCAGUCCCUAUAGAUUGAUUUUCCUUCUUUCUCUAGCCCUACAUCCACUUAGAGAUGAAAAAGAGUAUAGUUUUGGUUCCCACUCCCAGUUCCAACUGAACAACACACAUGGAGCUGUAGGAUCAAGAUACUUUAUGCUUAUAUCAGCUCAAAGAUGUUUUCUUGCUAGAAGGAUUUUAAUAUGUUUUACGAGUGCAUCAUGCAAUGGAUUUUGCAUGUUUAUAAUAAACCUUAAUAACAAGUUAAUCUAUAUUAUUGAUAUAAUUGUAUCAAGUAUAAAGAGUAUUAUGAUAAUUUUUAUAAGACACAAUUGUGCUAUAUUUGUGA